AGCCUUCUACGUGGACGCAUCGGCGCGCAGGCCCCCUCAACGCUCUCCGCCCUUGAAUAGGGCCGCGAGACCGGAAGUGGAGACCCCGACCUGCGCCGGAACCGGAAGUGAUCGCGGCGCGCUGCUUCCGGCGGGCGGGGCGCUCUCCGGCCCGGGUCUCCGGAGGGCAGAUUGGCCGCCGGGUUCGGGGCCGAGGCGCGGCUGGUGCACCCAUGGCGGAGGGCGGCGGCCCCGACGGGCGGGCAGGGCCGGGGCCCGCAGGUCCUAAUCUGAAGGAGUGGCUGAGGGAGCAGUUUUGUGACCAUCCGCUGGAGCACUGUGAGGACACGAGGCUCCAUGAUGCAGCCUACGUGGGGGACCUCCAGACCCUCAGGAACCUGUUGCAAGAGGAGAACUAUCGGAGAAUGGGAUCUCAGUGCCUGCCCUGCCCUUCCCUGCCCAGCUCUGCCCAUUGCAGCCCAGCCCAGCCCUCACAGGGUCAAGACUCACAGAAGACAAGUGGAGGCAUUGUUAAACCUGAGGGAUUUAACAGUCACGGGAACUGUGUGGACUUCCUUAUCCGAAAGGGAGCCGAGGUGGACCUGGUAGAUGUAAAGGGGCAGACCGCCCUAUAUGUGGCUGUGGUGAAUGGGCACCUGGAGAGUGCCCAGAUCCUUCUCGAAGCUGGUGCUGACCCCAACGGAAGCCGGCACCACCGCAGCACCCCUGUCUACCAUGCCUCUCGAGUGGGCAGAGCUGACAUACUGAAGGCCCUCAUCAGGUAUGGGGCUGACGUCGAUGUCAACCAUCACCUGACUCCUGACACCCAACCCCCCUUCUCCAGGCGGCUCACCUCCCUGGUGGUCUGCCCCCUGUACAUCAGUGCGGCCUACCACAACUUGCAGUGCUUCAGGCUGCUUCUGCAGGCCGGGGCCAACCCCGACUUCAAUUGCAAUGGUCCUGUCAACACCCAGGAGUUCUACAGGGGCUCCCCUGGGUGUGUCAUGGAUGCCGUCCUGCGUCAUGGCUGUGAGGCAGCCUUCGUGAGCCUGCUGGUGGAAUUUGGAGCCGACCUGAACCUGGUGAAGUGGGACUCAUUGGGCCCAGAGUCGAGGGGCAGAAGGAAGGUGGACCCCGAGGCCUUGCAGAUCUUUAAGGAGGCCAGAAGCAUUCCAAGGACCUUGCUGAGUUUGUGCCGGGUGGCCGUGAGAAGAGCUCUUGGCAAACACCGACUUCAUCUGAUUCCCUCGCUGCCCCUGCCAGACCCCAUUAAAAAGUUUCUACUUUAUGAGUAGAAGAUGCAGGUGAUCUGAGGGAGAGCCACCGCUGAUGCCUGCAUCUUGUGAACCAUCCUGUGCUGCCGAUCGCUGGUGAAGAGACGGCCUGUUCUCAUGGACUGUAAUUCCAUCUCAGGUGCUGGGGCCACGGAACAAACAGUCCUUGGGUCAUUGUCAGCAGAGAGGCUCAUACAAAACUUAAUUUUGUUCUUCCUAAAUACUUCUGUUUUGGAUUUUUGCAGUUGUAUGUUAAUGAAAUGGGCCAUGAAGUUGUGUGCAGGUGUGGGUGAGACUGGAGGCCUGCUGAUAGCCCCAGUAGGGAAGACUCCUAGCACUUUCCAGAACUGUGCUUUUAUUUAUUUUUCUACUUUGCAAUUUAAUUAUUCUAUUAAAACCUUAUAUCUAAAUGAAA